AUGAAACGCUUAGCACGAACCAGAAAUAUCUCUCAAAGCCAGAAAUUCCAGCUUGAAAGGUUGAGGAAUGACUUUGAAGAAAGUGUAAAGAGAUUUACAGAACUUCAGAAGAAAGCAGCUGAAAAGGUUCGGACCUCAAAAAGCGUAAGGCCACCUACACAAACUGCUCUGAUUGACUUCACGGAUGAUGAUGAAGAAGCUCUUAUUGAGAAGGAACGCAGAAAAGAGCAGUUGCUGCAGCAACAAGAAGUUAUUGAAGAAGACACGGCUUUGAUUCUUGAGAGAGAAGAGAGGAUCCGACAACUGGAGGGUGAUAUUCUUGAUGUAAAUGAAAUAUUUAAAGAACUUGGUACAAUGGUUAAUCAACAGGGAGAGCAAAUAGAUUCUAUAGAAGCAAACAUUGAAACUGCCUGUUCACGAGUUGAAGGAGGUGUUGGCCAAUUGAAAAAGGCUGAAAUGUACCAAAAACGAUCACGGAAGAAGAUGUGCUUCCUACUGCUUCUCCUCCUCGUUGUGAUUGCUGUGUUAGCUGUAAUCAUUGUUUUGACACUCAACAAACACGGAAUUAGCCAAAAUGGGCUAAAGGCACUUAGAGAUAAUCAGGUGGAAGGGGAAAUGCUCUUGGAAUUUACUGAUGCUGACUUGAAAGACAUUUUUGAGGUCUUCAAAGACCGAUUCCUAAUUCGGAAAUUGCUACGUGGCCUCUAUGGGCCCAACAAUACUCCAUGCCGCAUGGGUAGGACAAUUGCACCUUCAGUCCCAACAACACAGGUGGUUGCAACUGCACCCAUUCCUUCAGUGACCACCAUGUCGUCUUCUGUUUCAUCAGCUCCCAUUGCAGUAUCCAUGCCAACCAAGAUUAACUCACAAACAGUUAAUCGUUUGCCCAGUAUACAUUCAGAACUUCAGAAUAAUUUGGAUUAUGUGAAGUCGGCGCCACAAACCAAUUUGCAGAAAGAAACUUAUCUCAAUACUGCAGUGAACUCUGACUCCAUUUUUUCAAGAGUAAAGAUUCCCACUAAUCCAGUUCGGUUAUUCCCAAGCCCUAUCAGUACCCAUGAGAAGAUCACUUCAAGACUGAUUGCAGCUGGCACUGCACGUUCUACCUCCAUUCCAGUUAGCAAUACAACUAACGUAUCAAUCUACUCCACACCAAAGACAUUUGAAACACAGACAACUCCAGUACAACAGUCUAACAUUAAACCUCACGUGAUCGAAGAUGACGACGACGAUGAUGAUGAUGACAUAACAGACAACGAUGUCCAUGUUAUAGAUGGUUGGGGUUCAAGUCGUAUUAAAGAUUUCUCAGCCGAGGAGCUGCUUCGUCGUAAAAUGAGGCGGGGUCGGCCAACUGAAGCACAACGGUUAGGGCGCUCACUUCUGAGAGAAGCUGCCACAACUGCUAAUAUCUGGAACACAGCACCACCACUGAAGAUGAUCACUGCAGACAAAAAGGAAGCAUUUUUUCAUUAUAUCUGCCGAGCUGCACCUCAACUGUCUCGUCAUAAACAGUUUGUAUGGAUUCGGCUUGGAGAAGCUCUGCAAAACCGGAGGAAAUAUCUCAGUGAUAAAGAGUGCGGACGGCGGACGACAAAACGGAGGCGAGACUCUGAAAUUGGUAUGACAGAGUCACAUCAUUUAUUGCCGUCUUCUGGCUCGAGCCCCUCAAGCAACAUAGUCACUACAACUACCACUGCAAACUUAUACUCACUUGCCUCCUCACUUAAACUUUCUACUCUUUCAUCAUCAUCUGCCACUCAUUCAUCACCAUCAUCAUCAUCUUCCUCCGUGAAAAAUGAAGUUGAACCAAUUGUCAUAGAAGCUGAUAGCCUGCCUCUCCUACAGGAUCCCUCAUCUCAGUCACCAUCAGUUAUGCGAACAACCAGCCCAAUAGAAACAAUAAACUUGACAACUCUUAUAAAAGAAGAAGUUGAAUCUGAAGAAAUGAAAUGCUGGUCAGAAACUUAA